AUGGACCGGCAAAGCGCGUCCGCCGCUGACAUUGGCGCUCAGACUCAUCCCCUGCAGCCUGACUCGUUUCAGAGGACAGCUAUGGCUUGCGGUUUCAGUGAAGACGCCCUUUCGUGCUCAUUAGUACCUAAACGAGGGAGACUAACCCCUUUGGACGAGGAACGGGCGCGCCGCGUGGUGUCCGUGCACGAGGCGAAGCGGAGCAUUGACGGCCCUCCCGCCGCUCGUUGUUUUUCCAGCCGUCACGUCGACCACGGCCAACGAGACUACGGCUUCAAACCGGGCGACAGCCGCUGGACGGGGGGUUCCCGUGAAGGCCCGGCGGAAACACGGCGGCAUUGCUCGUGCUUGGAGGACACGUGUCCGCGCUCCUCCCCCUGCCGCGCCGACGAAACUGUCUGCGCACCGCCCGCAGCAGCAGAACGAAGAGCGGCGGCGCAACAACGAGGAUAUCACGCGCUGUGCGGCAUGUGCGCCAGCGACGGUGACGGCGACGGCGGGCGGAAUCGCAGCGCAGAAUGCGGAGCGGCGAGCGCUACGGAGGAGGUCGUUACAGGGGCUUGGUGUCGGCAUCGUCAGCGGCACAGACAUGGCUGCACCUCCGCGCAGCGCAAGAUGGACCCGCCGAGCUCAUCCAUGCAGCGGAUACGCGCGUGCGAUGGGGCUGGAUGCGCGUCAAGAGACACAGGAGGAGCAGGGGGGCGAGGAGGCGGCGCACGAGAAGGGGGCGAUGGUGGCAGCGACUGCAGCGCAACCACGACGUCGACAAGGCUGCGCGCUGCCGCGCUACCGGCGGGGGCGGAGGGCACGGCGUCGCGGCAAGCGUGGCCUGGGCGGGGGCGAGGCGGGGCGUGUGCGUGGCGCAGCAGCCCGCUGCGGUGGUCGUUUCCGCUCAACCUGCCCCUGCUACUGCUGCUGCGGCUGCUGCUGCUGGAUUGUGUCUUGGCGUCGUCCGCUGUGACAUCCCCUGGCGCGGCGUCCCCCGUGCGCAUCAACUGCGGGGCGUCGGAGCACCUGACGGGAAGGGACGGGCGCGUGUGGGAGGCCGACGCCUUCUUCGCAGGGGGGGAGCCGGCGGCGGUGCUCAACGCGUCACAGCUGGGUUUCCCCAAGGAGGUGGCCUCGCACCGCAUCUUCCACACGGGCGACGUGAGCUGCUACGACAUCCCCCUCUCUCCCGGCCGCUUCAUCGUGCGCCUCGCCUUCGCGUACCACAGCGAAACGCUGCCGGCCAAGACGUUUGAGACGGUCUCGUCCGUGACGGUGCAGGGAGGCCGCGCCAGCAGCGCGCAGGAUUUCAGCGUCUCUGCUACGUCUGCACUCACAGGCGCCGCCGCAACUCGCGACGGCAGUGUGACGGCAAGCGCAGCUGGAGCUGAGCAUUUCUAUGCGCCGGCUGCUGCUCCCGCGGCGUCUGGUGCAGGCGUGGUGAGUCGCUUGCCGGAUGACACGCCGUUCUCAUCCCCGGCAGGCAAGGGCCCUCUGGGACCGUUUGACAGCCCAGGAAUGGCGGAUCUUACACCAAGUGUGAGCGAGAGCGAGAGUGGGGACUUGGGGGCGCUGCGAGAGAGCGUGCAGAGGCGGUGGCCGCGGUUUGCGGUGCUGGUGGAGGGCGUGCAGAUGGAGACGGUGAGCAUGGGAGGGCACGUGGGGGCGGUGUACGAGCCCGAGUACAUCGUGGACAGCGCUGACGCCUCUCUCACGCUCUGCUUCCUGCCCGUGUGGGGCCACGCCCUCGUCAACUCCAUCGAGCUCCUCCCCGUGCCCCCCGCCUUCUACCUCCUCCCGCCCGUCGUCCCCCCCAACGCCUACCUCGCCGUGCGCGCCCGCAUCGACUGCGGCCGCGCUCCCACCAGCGACUCGGCAGUCGCUGCCCCCAACAGAACCACGGUCGGCGGAACCAACCGGCUGGCGGGCAGCAAUGGUGCGGUGGCAGUGACGCCAGCUGCCAACUCCACGUGGAGCUUCGACACGUUGGUGGCAACGACGGGUUUUGUUCCGACGGGCCAAGGCAAGGCUUUGAGGGAUGCUCUCGGGCGCCAGUGGUCCAGCGACCUCAACCAGAUAGUGCAGACGCAGCAGGUGGGGGUCCCAGCACCCACUGGGGAGGCCGCGCAGGGCUCAGAGGGCAGUGGGCAGCAGGAGCAGUCGGGGCCGCAGUGGCGUGUGAAGCCGCCCAAGUCGAUUGAGACGUUCAUGCCGGUGGGCGGGGCGGGCGAGGCGCCGCUGUUUCUGGGGCAGGCGCUGCUGCAGACGGCUAGAGAGGCGGUGCUGGCGAGCGGGCUGCACUACUCGUUUUCGUUCCGCGUGCCGGCGCGCCUCAACCGCUGGGUGGUGCUGCUGCACUUCGUGGCGGUGCAGCCGGAGUUGCACGUGGGCGAGCGCGUGUUUGACAUCCACGUGAACGGCGUCACUGUGAGCGGCUUUGACAUCCUGCGCGAGGCGCACGGCCAGCACAACCGCCUCGUCACGCUGCCUGUGGUAGUGGGCUUCAGCCGGCCGGCCAUUGGGUCGGCGCCCACGCUGGAGGUGCAGCUGGUGGCGUGCAACGGCAGCAGGCUCAGCCCCCUCAUCAGCAGCAUCGAGAUCAUCGAAGUCGUGCGCGCCAACGUCCCCCGCGAAAACGUCGUCUCGGAGCUGAAAGCCCAACAGAGUGGCGAUCCCAAGUCAGCCUUUCCAUCCGCCUCCUCCCACGGCCGUAGCUAUGCGGCUGUGGUUGCGGGGGCAAUAGCAGGGGCUGGCGCGCUGGUGCUGCUUGUCAUGCUCGUGCCCCUCGUGCUGCUAUGGCGACGCCAGCAUCGCCGCCGCCGCGCCGCCAUGCGCUCCCACCUGCUAGGGCUCAAUGCAGUUGACUCAGCAGCACCGCAAACAGAGGGUGCUGAAGGUACCACAGGUGAUAGUGAGGAGCUGGGGCUUGUUGAGAUUGUAGAAGAUAUAGGGUGA